CUCCGCGGAGAGCUCCCAGCCGGCGCCGACCCCGCCGCCGCCCGCCGCCGCCCGCGCCGCCAGCCCCACCAUUCAGCGCGCAAGGUACCCGCCAGGUGAGCCGGGGGGGGGAGCGGGGACGGAGGUGCGAGGCCGCCCCGAGCCGUGGGGGGGUGGGCGGGGAGCGGGAGGGGGGAAACCUGCGGGGCUCCGCGGGGGGCGGGAUGGGAAAGCGGCGGUCGCGGCGGCGAGCGCUCCGGCCCCGGUCUCCCGCUCGGCUGCGUGGUGGCACGGCACCUCCCGCGCGUUGCGGCGCCGGGGCUUUUCGCGACAGCGUGGGGGAAAGAAGGGACGAGCGCGGAUGUUCGGCUCCGCGGGGUCAGCGGUGUUGGCGCCCCGAGAGGAAGGGUCGCGCUGGGGUCAGUGAGGCGGAGGCGCUGGCGGCAGCGGGGUAGGAGGAGCCGCGUGGCCGCAGCGGACCUUUGUGUAGGGUCCGUUUUGCUGUCCCCAGGUCGGACUUAUUUUAGACUCGGGCUUUCUCAGCGAGCCCGUAGCAGAACGCAGGCCGUAACUCCGGCGUGCCCAGAAACACCCCCCACCCACACCGCUGCCUUCCCUCAGCCACUGCGCCUGCUGGGAGCAGCUGAAAGCCCUUUUACCCCUUAGCGGGCUGCACGUCGGCGCGGCCCCGCGGGGCAGCGUCUGCCCCGGUGCUCGGCGGUGCGGAGGUGCGGGGAGGGCACUGCUCUCCCUUUGUAUUUACUCUUGGAGCCGAACCGGCGAUAGCAGCGGGACUUGGCAUGGGCACAGAUAGCCAUAGGAAGAAAAGGAAUGGUGGGAGAUAGGCAGGGCUGGGAGGCGAGGCUUGGAAGAGCGCUGUCCUGCUGCCCGUUUUCUUUCAAAAAGCCGCGAUUUUAGAAAGAGGCACUGUUUUGUGGGGUGUUUUUUUUUUUUUUCUGCCACUUCUUAAUGUUGACUCAGAAAGAAAAGAGAUGGGAGCGCUGCGUGAUGGCACGGUGAGAGCUGGCGUUCGGUUCCCAUUUGCCUGCACAGCAGGGCUAGGAGUUGGUUUGGCACCUACUGGUUGGGUUCCCGCAUGGCACGCUCAGGUGGAUGUCUAAACAUCAUUAGCAAAGGGCGUCCUUAACGUACUAAAGCAAACCCCGUUAUUUGCAAUGCGGCUUUGUGUUUUAGCAGGAGUUAUUUAUCAGCUGCUUACCAAAUACAAAUUACCACAAUUAAGAGGAAACGAACUCAAUUUCGAUGGACGUUUUCCCCGCGUUCCUCUUCUCCUUCACUGGGGAAAAGGCAGAGAUGGGAGCGCUGUAGCCCCGGCUGCAGACCCCGGGCAUGCCGUGUGCUGUGGGUUUGGGUUGCAGACGUGGGGCAGCAGUUUGCGGUCAGGUGAACCUCACGUGGGCUGCGGCCACGAUUUCCUGCCAGCAACAAAAGAGGCAGUGCAUCAGUGGGAAAUGGGAAAGGACAAAGUCUUUGCAGCCGCGCGCCGCGUCGCUGCAAGCAUCCCAGCUCUCAGUGAGCCACGUUAACUUUUACGGCUGAUGGAUGAAACCAAUUCUGUUAUCUUAGAGAAACAGAAAUACCCCAUCCUUCUUUCUCUUACAGUUUUGCACGUUCAGGGCUACGUUUGAGCUCUGACGCCUGCUGCCGAUGUUGUUCCUUUCGUAACACGUAGCGAUUCUGUUCUAAUGCAUUUGGUAAUCUAGUUUACCCCUCAUGAAGAUUUUAUGGCACUCUCGCACGCAUACAGGGAUAGAUUUAGAACCAUAAACCGUUCCCGUUCUGCUUAUCUAAUUCUCAUUGACACCUAUGGAUAUGGAGCAGCGGAUCUGGGGCAGCCCGAGAUGGAUCCUUCUCCUACUGACAUCGCUAUAGAUUGGAGUUGCUCCCCAAUACCCGACCCCCAAUGCACGUUUCUUGCUGAAGGGCAGCGGCUCGGGGCUGAUUUAUGCUUCUCACCUCCAGAUAUGCCCUGUGUGCAAGCGCAGUAUAGCCCUUCGCCGCCCGGUUCGAGUUAUGCAGCUCAGACCUACGCGUAUGGCUCGGAGUACAGCUCGGAGAUCAUGAACCCGGACUAUGGCAAGCUGAGCAUGGAGCUGAGCGGCACCGAGAUCACCGCCACCGCCACCACCUCCCUCCCCAGCUUCAGCACCUUCAUGGAGGGUUACUCCGGCAGCUACGAGCUCAAGCCUUCCUGCCUCUACCAAAUGCAAUCCGCCUCCUCCGGCCAGAGGCCCCUCAUCAAGAUGGAAGACGCUCGGCUCUCCACCUACCAGCCCUCGCUGCCCCCCUCGGUGGACGAGAGCAUGCCCAGCACCUCCAUGUACUUCAAGCAGUCGCCUCCCUCCACGCCCACCACGCCCGGCUUCCCCCCACACCAGAGCCUGUGGGACGAGCCCCCGCUGCCUCCCACGCAGACCUGCCUGCCCCCCGGCCACCUGAUGGAGGCCGCUCCCAUGAAGACUGCGCCUCCGCGCUUCCCCCUCUUCCACUUCAAGCACUCUCCUCCCCACACGCCGCCGGCGGGCCCCCACAUGUGCUACGACCCGGCCUCCCUGAGCCUGCCGCUGGGCUCUGACAGACCGCCGGCCGGCCAGGCGCCCAUGGAGAGCCACUCCUACGGGCUGCCCCUGGCCAAGCGGCCGGCCACCUUAGCCUUCUCACCGCUCGGUCUCAACACGGCUGCCUCUGGCCUCAUGGGCGAGGCCAGCGGUGGUGGCGGUGGCGGGCUGCCCUCCCCGCCCAGCAGGAGUUCCUCGUCCGGGGAGGGCACGUGCGCCGUCUGCGGGGACAACGCUGCCUGCCAGCACUAUGGUGUGCGGACCUGCGAGGGCUGCAAGGGCUUCUUCAAGAGGACGGUUCAGAAAAAUGCAAAAUAUGUUUGCCUGGCAAACAAGAACUGUCCGGUGGACAAGAGACGCCGUAACAGAUGUCAGUACUGCCGUUUUCAGAAGUGUCUCAGCGUCGGCAUGGUGAAAGAAGUUGUCCGCACGGACAGCCUGAAAGGGAGAAGAGGUCGGCUGCCUUCCAAACCAAAGAGCCCCCUGCAGCAGGAACCUUCGCAGCCCUCCCCGCCUUCUCCUCCCAUCAGCAUGAUGAACGCCCUCGUACGAGCUUUAACCGACUCCACGCCCAGGGAGCUCGACUAUUCACGAUACUGUUCCACCGAUCAGGCUGCUGCAGGCACAGAUGCAGAACAUGUACAACAGUUCUAUAAUCUUCUGACUGCCUCCAUUGACAUAUCCAGAGGCUGGGCAGAAAAAAUUCCAGGAUUUACUGACCUCCCGAAAGAAGAUCAGACAUUACUCAUAGAAUCAGCUUUUUUGGAGCUGUUUGUACUAAGACUCUCCAUCAGGUCUGAUACUGCUGAGGAUAAGUUUGUAUUCUGCAAUGGACUUGUGCUUCAUAGACUUCAGUGCCUUCGUGGAUUUGGGGAGUGGCUCGACUCUAUUAAAGACUUUUCCUUAAACUUAAAGAGCCUUAACCUUGAUAUCCCAGCCUUAGCAAGUUUAUCAGCUCUAACUAUGAUUACAGAACGACAUGGCUUAAAAGAACCAAAGAAAGUGGAAGAGCUAUGCAACAAGAUCACAAGCAGUUUGAAAGAUCACUUAACUUUCAGUUGCCAAAACAAAGGACAGCCGCUCGAGUCCGCAGAGCCUAAGGUACUGGGUGUUCUUGCUGACUUGCGUUCUCUCUGCACACUGGGACUGCAGCGCAUCUUUUACCUGAAACUGGAAGAUUUGGUGCCAGCCCCUUCCAUUAUCGACAGGCUGUUUCUGGACACCUUGCCCUUCUGAGUCCAGCCACCCUCCUGAAAGGCAAAUGCCCACCAGAGCAGGCAAACGGAUCGUGACUUACCGCUAACAUUUCUGCCCUCACUUAACAGAAAAGCAGCUCCAGCUCUAAAAUGAGGUCUUUUCUGGCGCUUUGUCCUUACAACAUGAGGCCUAAAACUUACUGGCUUACUGUUUUGGGGUUGUGUUCUUCGUUUGUUUCUUUUUUUUUUUUUUUGUUGGUUUUUUUGUGUGUGUGCGUGCGUGUGCGUGACUUGGGUUUUUUAAACGGCUAAUAUGGCACUUUUGGACAAUGCUAUCCCAGCAGCAGUAAAAGGUUAACAUGACUGUUUCAAACCUGUUGUUUAACACCUCAUGGGACAUGAGGAAUACAGUGGUAGAAGCUGUGUGUUUGAAAACAAGAACAGCAAAUAGUUGUUUGCCAGGGUAGUAUGUGUUUUGUGAGGAUACCUUUAGCAUACUUCCUGCAUCAAGGGCACAUACAUCAGCACAAUCGAAACAAAAAUCUCACUUUUUUAACAAAGUACAUCCAAUUGAACAUUUCAUAUAAAUCCAAUAUAGCAAAAUGACGAUGGCUGUUAGCUCCCAUGUUCAAGUGCAAUUUUUUAAAGUGCUGUCUUACUAAGUCUUGUUUCUUAACUAAUUUAUUUUAAUAUGAAAAUAAAAGGAAGAAACCAAGUGAGAAGUUGACGUGCACUAACUUACGUGACAGAGUUUUCCAAACUUGACUCCGUGUAGCGUGACUUACUGACAAAUGUCUGUGGGAGACACGGGAACGACCGCGGCUCAGUUGUUCCCUAGACCAGGAGAUGCGAGUAAGUAGUGGCUGGAGCGCACAGGGUCUGCAUCAGGGAUAGUUUGCCUUUAGACUUCAAGAGAAGUACCUGGUUAGUAAACAGACGCACGAUGGGUUUCGAGAACAAGCGAGUCUUGUAAAAUAGUAUGAAUGUAAGUGCUAGGAAGGAUAUAGUGAGCUGCGUUUAAACAUUCCGUGUUCGUACUCCUUUUUGUAUGUUUAUACUGUUGAUGCCAUAUUAAUAUGAAAUAAUUUGUUGCAUAGUGUCUUUAUUUGUAUAAACGUUUGUAUGCAUGGUAUAUUGUAUUGGCUUUGCCUGUAUUUAUUGCAAUGACUGCCAGCUCAUAGGAGCCCUGUUACACACGAUAAGGAAAUGGGGUGUUCACACUGACUCAGAUACACCAGUUGGAAAACUAUAUACAUAUAUAUAAUGUGUAUAUAUAUAUAUGUAUAUACCUAUAUUUGUGUGUGUGUGUGCGUGAGCGUGCGCGUGUCUUUUUAUUAACCAUUUGUAUAUAAAAUAUCUGUCAGAUCACAAGCAGAGCUAUUUUACAGUUCAUUUGCAGUGACUUCUAAGGCAGUACUGUUUAGCACUUUGAUAUUAAAAUCUUGCUCAUGUUUUGCUAAAUUCAAAUAAUAUUUAAAGAUUUUAGUUCUAAAAAAAACUUUAUAUGCACUGUAUUAAGUCAAAAUUUUGUUGGUCAUUUUGCUAAGGAAAUUUUUGAAUGUCAACCUGAUGUCACUGUAUCUUUUGUUAGCUUUAAACAUUCUAGCUUUUGUCUUUUUUUAAACUAUGCUGUUUAUAUGGAAAUUAAAUUAUACAAUCAAAACAGAUGCCAAAUGAAUUGCCUAAUUGCUGCAAAGGAUAACCCAGAUAUCGAGUCACUGUAUGGUUUUCAAAUAGUAAUCUGGUAUUUUAUCACUUACUAUGUUUGGAUGUGCUUUUAUGAAAAAAUUAUUCUUAUAUCAAGAUUUAUAGUAGUGUCAAUAGGGAAACAGACUUCUAAUCACUAUAGUUAAUAUUUCCGGUUUACCUGCAGAUAAUAUUUGGAAAAGUAUUGCUUUUUGUAUUGACUUUUAAGCUUAUGUGCAAACAUAAUAGCAUAAUUAAAUAUCAGAGAAGCUAAUGUUUCUUGUAGGUUGCUGUAACAAGCCUGACCAGCAAGACAAAUAUAUUUUGACUGAACUUGCUUUUGUAUAUACUAAAUAUAUAUAUAUAUAUACAUAUAUAUAUAUACACACACUCACACACAUGUGCGCAUACAAAAACAUACAGAAGCCGAAUCAGAAAGUAUGUUUACCUUUGUCUCCUUGUGUCAGACACAAGGUCCCUUGGGAAAUCACUUCUGCCUAGGGACAGAGCCUGCCAGGCACUGAGCACCAGCGAAGGGGUCGUGGACGCUCCUUGUGAGCGGGCCCUUCCACUGAGUUUUCAGCACAGUGCAGUGAAAUUGCUUUUUGUCGGGCGAGGUUUAUUUAUUCAGUGGGAUGUGAACGGAGGGAGCAGGUCCAGAGCCCCACGUGAGAUUUCAUGUAGCCGGUGUGCUUCAGUCUUCCAUGGAUAGUCUUAACUGUGAUACUCUCCCAUUCCCGUCACCUACCGAACCGUCCUUCAUUUCAACUCCAGUGCACAGACCCAUCGUAGAGUGCAGCCAGUGACAGGUCACGAUGGUGAUAGAAGAAUUAAUGCAGAAUAAAUCUCCUACCUUCCUCACAGCUCUCUCAGUGUGAACAUGCCUUCGUCUAGGCAGAAUUCAGGAAUAUAUCAGGUGUUAAGGGAGAGUGCCUUGCUUUUGUUUCAGACAACAGUGUUUCAAGAGUUUCUUCACUCCGCUAACUGCAGUACUUUCUUCUUUUUCCUUUUUUUUUUCUUUUUGUGGUGUUAACCUGUGGGUUGAAAGAAACGCUCUUGUACAUAUACAAUGUAAAUUAAAAUUAUUAAAUUGAAUAACGUUUUUUUCAGAGGCCCCAUGUGUGUUGAAUAAGUAUGCUUAAUUCUGUCAAAAUCUGAUGUGAAUUUUUUAUCAUUUAUAAAACAUUAAAAAAUUGUGUACUUGAGUCUUAA